AUGAUUGCUAGAAAGUUAAUAGCGAAAUUUUUCGGGGAUAAAAAUACAUUCGAUGUACGACGGGAAUUAAUUGCACGAUUGAUUGCAAUCGAAUUGCAUCACGACGAUUGGUCACUUUUGAAUGAUAUCCACGCUGUAUUGAAACCGUUUUACUUGGCAACAAGACUGGUGUCGAAAAGAUCAUAUCCAACAGCUGGUUUAUGUUAUUACACAAUAAAAUUGAUUCUUAAUUAUUUGAAAUAUUCUUUCUUUAACCCACUUGGAUUUUCUGUUCUUGGAGAAGAUGAUGUUUGUAUUAUUGAACAAGAAAUCAAACAAGUGAUUCGAAAUGAAAGUAUCCAUUUGAAUGAUCCAUUUUCAACUUCAUCGUGCGAACCUAUUCCAUCAACAUUACAACCAAUAGUGACAGCUAAUGCAUCACAAACGUCAGCAUCAGAUCACAAACAGUCCUUAUCAACAAUUGAUCAAUUUUUGUUAGCUUGUGGUGAAUCACCUAUUAGUAAUUUACAGAAAAGUGAAACUAGAAAAUUAACUAUUGACGAUGAAUUAUGCGUUUANCUUGGAUAUAACCAGCGCGUUCGGGUCUCCGUCAUAUUAUACCGAGAAACCAAAAAUUUUGAUAGCUGUAACGAUACGGCUAUUGUUCCUUUUGGUACACGAGUAGAAUUUGCAUGUUUUUCCGGAUGUUCACAACACUUUCGUUUCGGCAUUAGGAAAAGAUUUUAA